AUGAGAGCUUUCGGUCCUCUCUUUAAUAAAGAUCUGGGUCAGCACAUUUUAAAGAAUCCUUUAGUAGCACAAGGCAUUGUCGAUAAGGCCAAUUUAAAAUCUUCAGAUACAGUCCUUGAAAUUGGUCCAGGUACUGGUAACUUGACAGUUCGUAUUCUUCCCGCUUGUAAAAAGGUGUAUGCUGUAGAAAUGGAUCCUCGUCUUGCAGCAGAAUUACAGAAACGUGUUCACGCAACCCCUGAACAGAAAAAAUUACAUAUUUUACUGGGUGACUUUAUGAAGACUGAACUUCCUUAUUUUGACGUCUGUAUCAGUAAUACGCCUUAUCAAAUCUCUUCACCGCUUGUAUUUAAACUUUUGGAACAUCGUCCUUUGUUCCGUGUCGCUAUUCUCAUGUUCCAGCGUGAAUUCGCUUUACGUCUCGUCGCUAGACCCGGCGAUGAACUCUAUUGUCGAUUGACAGUGAAUGUUCAACUGCUAGCCAAAGUCGACCAUGUCAUGAAAGUAGGCAAAAACAACUUUAGACCACCGCCCAAAGUCGAAUCCUCUGUUGUUCGUUUGGAGCCCAAGAACCCACCACCACCUGUCAACUUUAAAGAAUUUGAUGGUUUGUUACGUAUCUUGUUCACCAGAAAGCACAAGAUAUUUGCAGCCAAUUUCAAGCAGACAACUGUAUUGAAUAUGUUGGAACAGAAUUACAAGACCUAUUGUGCAGCACAUGAAAUGAUGGUAGAGCCAGAUUUUGAUAUCAAGACGAAAGUGUUGAGUGUGCUAGAAUCAGUGGGUAUGUCUGAAUCUCGUGCUGCAAAGUGUGAUUUGGAUGACUUUUUAAAGUAA